CCAAAAAAGCCGCGUCGGAUUGAUGACUCGAGAGCAGUAGGCUCUCGACUGCGCUGUUCAAUUUCUCUCCACUGUCUUCUCCUUCCUCAGCCACCAUUUCCCCUUUCUACCUCAACAAACUCCUAAACCUCCAAAACCUCCUCUUCAAUGGUACCCUCCUUCUUCCCCCUCUGAAUUCCCCCUUGCAUGCCAUUUCCAAUUCUUCUUCUUCCUCUUCAUCUUCCUCUUCCUCUUCCUCUUCCUCUUCCUCCUCCUCCUCCUCCUCCUCCUCUCUCUCUCUCUGCAAUUUCAUCCCCCUUCUCCACUUCCCAAAACCCUAAAACCCUCCCACAUUUCUCAAUGAAGGACCGCUCUCCUUCCUCCAAUGCCGCUGUUUACGUCCCUCCUCACAUCCGUCUCCGCUCCGUUGUUACUCCUUCUAAUAAUUCAUCUCCCGUUCCCGCUGUUGACUGCAAGCUCAAGACGGCUCCACUCUCGCUGCUCGAUUCAGGAACCACUGCUUCGCCUUGCCUGCAAGCUCGAUCUCAAGAACUGCUCCCCACGGGGAACUCGCGUUUGCAGUGUGAUUCGGCCUACGACGAUGCAGCUCCUACCAACAGUUGGAGUUUUAAUUUUGAGUGUUCGCAUCAAUCGGGUAUUACACCUUCUGUAAACAUUGAUUUGUGGAAAAGGAAGUUAGCUUUACUUUUACGUGACAAGGAGAAGCAAGAGUUGGUUUCAAGGGAGAAAAAAGAUAGACAUGACUUUGAGGAAAUAGCUGCUUUGGCAAGUAGAAUGGGACUUUAUAGCCAUCUAUAUGCCAAAGUUGCUGUUUUUAGUAAGGUCCCAUUGCCGAACUACAGAUUUGAUUUGGAUGAUCGGCGUCCACAGAGAGAGGUCUUUUUGCCUCCUGGGUUGCUUAGAAGAGUUGAUGAACAUCUGAGAGAAUUUCUCUCUCAAAAGUCUAGGUGUAAAGGUUUUCAAGAUAUCUCUGUCUCUAGAACAAGCAGCAGCGGAAGCAUUGCUACAGAUGAAGGGCUUUUUGAGCAACCUGAGCCACAAGGAUCUAGUAAGGCCGUGAUGGAAAAAAUUCUUUGGAGGAGAAGUUCACAUCUGCGUGAUCAACAGCAAGCUUGGCAGUCAUCUCUUGAAGGAAGAGAAAUGCUGGAAUUCCGGAGAAAUCUUCCUGCUUACAAGGAGAAGGAUGCAUUAUUGGCCACAAUCUCACAGAAUCAGGUUAUUAUUAUUUCAGGUGAAACUGGUUGUGGCAAGACUACGCAAGUUCCCCAGUUCAUUUUGGAAUCAGAAAUAGAAUCACUCCGUGGGGCUGUUUGCAGCAUCAUAUGUACACAGCCAAGACGAAUAUCGGCUAUGUCUGUCUCUGAGAGAGUUGCUUCUGAAAGGGGGGAGAAAUUGGGUGAAUCUGUUGGUUAUAAAGUGCGGCUGGAGGGUAUGAAAGGGAGGGAUACUCAUCUUCUCUUUUGCACUACGGGUAUCUUGUUGAGAAGAUUGCUGGUUGAUAGAAAUUUGAAAGGCAUAACUCAUGUUAUUGUUGAUGAAAUUCACGAGCGUGGAAUGAAUGAAGAUUUUCUACUAAUUGUCCUGAAAGAUCUCCUUCCUCGUCGACCAGAAUUGAGGUUGAUUCUAAUGAGUGCAACUUUAGAUGCAGAACUUUUCUCAUCCUACUUUGGUGGGGCUCAAAUAAUUCACAUUCCGGGAUUCACACACCCUGUCCGAACUCAUUUUCUGGAAGAUAUUCUAGAAAUGACGGGUUACAGAUUAACUCCAUACAAUCAAAUAGAUGAUUAUGGACAGGAGAAGACGUGGAAAAUGAGCAAACAAGCACCAAGAAAGAGGAAAACCCAGAUUGCCUCUACCGUUCAGGAUGCCCUUACAGCAGCUGAUUUUAAGGAGUACAGUCUUCAAACUCAGGAGUCUUUAUCGUGUUGGAAUCCAGACUGUCUUGGUUUUAAUCUCAUAGAAUAUCUUCUAGUUAAAAUAUGUGAGAGCGAAACACCUGGAGCUAUUCUUGUGUUUAUGACUGGGUGGGAUGACAUCAGUUCUCUCAAGGAGAAACUUCAGUCUCAUCCUUUAUUAGGAGAUCCAACUCGUGUCAUGUUGUUGGCAUGCCAUGGCUCAAUGGCCAGUUCAGAGCAGAGGUUAAUAUUUACUGAACCUGACAAAGGAGUGAGGAAGGUAGUGCUCGCAACAAAUAUUGCCGAGACAAGUAUAACGAUAAAUGAUGUCGUGUAUGUUCUGGACUGUGGAAAGGCGAAAGAAACAUCAUACGAUGCUUUAAAUAACACUCCUUGUUUGCUUCCCUCUUGGAUAUCCAAGGUUUCUGCUCAACAAAGAAGAGGAAGGGCUGGCCGUGUUCAACCAGGAGAAUGCUACCAUCUAUACCCUAGGUGUGUGUUUGGUUCUUUUUCUGAGUAUCAGCUACCAGAAAUUUUGAGAACACCUUUACAGUCCCUCUGCUUGCAAAUAAAAAGCUUAAAGCUUGGAAGUAUAUCGGAGUUUCUAUCUAGGGCUUUGCAGUCACCAGAGCUACUUGCGGUUCAGAAUGCUAUUGAAUAUUUGAAGAUCAUUGGAGCAUUUGAUGAGAGUGAAAAUCUUACUGUUUUAGGUCGUUAUUUAACUAUGCUCCCAAUGGAACCAAAACUGGGAAAGAUGUUGAUAGUAGGCGCUAUCUUCAAUUGCUUGGAUCCUAUUUUGACUGUUGUUGCUGGUCUCAGUGUGAGAGACCCUUUUCUCACGCCACUUGAGAAGAAGGAUGCCGCAGAGGCUGCAAAAUCCCAAUUUUCACAAGAUCAUAGCGAUCACCUUGCUAUUAUCCGGGCUUAUGGGGGAUGGAAAGAAGCCGAGAGGAACUAUGGUGGAUAUGACUUUUGUUGGAAGAACUUCCUUUCUAUACAAUCAAUGAAGGCUAUUGAUUCUUUAAGGAAGGAGUUUUUUUCUUUGCUUAGAGAUACUGGCUUGGUUGAUGGGUACUCAGACACCUACAAUGCCUGGAGUCUUGAUGAACAACUCAUACGUGCAGUUAUUUGCAAUGGCCUCUAUCCUGGAGUUUGCUCCGUUGUGCAAAAUGAGAAGUCAUUUUCUCUCAAAACUAUGGAGGAUGGCCAGGUGCUUCUCUAUUCGAACUCGGUGAAUGCUCGAGAGUCGAGGAUUCCAUAUCCAUGGAUAGUUUUCAAUGAGAAGAUUAAAGUGAACUCCAUUUUCCUUAGAGAUUCAACAGCUAUCUCUGACUCGAUGCUGCUUCUCUUUGGUGGAAGCAUCUCAAAAGGUGAUCAUGAGGGACACUUGAAAGUGCUGGGCGGUUUUUUGGAAUUUUUUAUGAAACCUGAUUUAGCAGAGACAUAUCAGAAAUUGAGAGUGGAACUUGAAGAACUUAUACGAAUAAAGCUACUAAAUCCAAAGAUGGACUUGCACUCCCACCAUGAGCUCCUAUCUGCUGUACGCUUGCUUAUUUCAGAAGACCAUUGUGAAGGUCGAUUUGUUUUUGGCCGCCAGAUCCUUCAGCAGCCGUCCAAGACAUCAGCUCCAGCAGCAGCACCACCACCAACUGCUGUUUCAAGAAUUGAAAGUGGACCUGGUGGGGACAAUUCCAAGAGUCAGCUCCAGACUUUACUCACGAGGGCUGGAUAUGCUGCACCCAUCUAUAAGACUAAGCAAUUGAAGAACAAUCAAUUUCGAGCAACUGUGGAAUUUAAUGGACUGCAAAUUAUGGGACAACCUUGUACCAACAAAAAGAAUGCUGAAAAGGAUGCAGCAGCCGAGGCUCUUGAGUGGUUGAUGGGUGGAAAUCAGAUGGGGCACGACUAUGUCAACCAAAUGUCUAUGAUGUUAAAAAGGAGCAAGAAGGAUCAUAACUGACCCACCACUUCCUACCUUUUAACGGAAGCAUAAUUUGAGAAAGCAGUGAAAGAAGAGCACAAUCAAUGAAAGCUCAGGUCUGGAGGAGCAGAACUCGGGGUUCAUGAAAAUACAAGAACAUUCAAUUCCUAGGCUGGAACUUGGACCAUAUGGCCGAGUUUGAAGGCACUGGAGUUCAAUAAAUGAGGGGGACAAGAAAAAGUCACGAUUACAAAGGAUAUGGUGGAAGCAAUGAUACACUGCAAGGUUUGGGUCAAGAAAUUACAUGUGAUUAUCUUGUAUAUAAAUUAAAUUAGAACCCAGUCACAUUUUUUUUGUAAAAUAUCAUUUUUUUUGGGGGGGAGGCAAAAAGAAUAGUAGGCCUGUAAAAUUCUCAAGUGAAAUCUUUGACAUAGAAAUUGGUAGCCUGGGUGAGAGAGUAAACAAUGUCUAGUCCUAAAAAAACAGGCAUGUCAGGAGAGAGGUGAAAGAUGCAACAGUACAACACAGUCUGCACCUUUCUUGACUCUUCUUUUAAAGACGCUGGGUCCUCCUCCUUACACACUCUCUAUCUCUCCCCUAAUUGAUCUCUUCCUUUUUAAGAUGUUGGGUCCUUUCUAUGAGAAUAGCAAAUGAACCCUCCAAAGAAUGGAAAAUUUUUCCGUGCCAAGACAUAUUGAGAUCACAAAGACCAAGUAGUAAUAGAGAAGGAGAAUUUCUCAAAUCCCUAGAGAAAUAAUUGUGUUCCUCCAGGUUCUUCCAACGGUAAAGCAUUUAAUUUGAAUGAGAAGGUACAAAAUUUGUUUCGUUUU